AUACAACACCGUGAAGAUGUUACGAUCAGGAUCCUUUAAAUAUCAUGGAACACCUACAAUGAUGGAACUACAAGACUUCAACGAAAUUGAGGAAAUGGAGUCACCAAGAACAUUUGGCACCCACCUGCGUUUCCGGUUCCUCCCCGAUCAGAUGAAGCUCGGUAAAGGGAAAGUUGUCACCAUCACCCGUAAUCCGAAGGACAUCGUGGUAUCCAUGUACCAUAUGCUGCAAAAGCUUAAACGAUUUGUAGGCUACCAGGGAACGUUUGAGGGCUAUCUAAAAUAUUUCCUCAGCGAAGAACAUUUCGUCAGUUCUUGGUUUUCCUGGAUUCAAGAUAUGGAAGAAUGGAAAAGUCCUAAUUGUCUAAGUCUUUCUUACGAGGACUUCAGAAAGAAUACAUUUGCAAACGUCGUCAAGCUAGCCAGAUUUUUAGAAGUUGAUCACGAUGAAGAUUUUUUGCGAUCGGUCACACAGAAUAUUCAAUUUGACAAAAUGAAUGACCUCCACAACAUAACAGUACCGGCCAGUGAAUGGUUGAAAGAAUUCUGUGAAGAGGGGCGACUACCAAUUUAUAGAAAAGGUCAGUCAGGAGACUGGAAAAACAUGUUUACUGUUGCCCAAAGCGAAAUGUUUGACCGGGUCUAUAAGGAGAAAGUGGCGAAACUUGGCCUGAAGAUCAAAUUCGAAUAGACAAGUCCAUGUAUAUAUGUGAACGCUUAAAUCGAAUACCCCGGUGAUAUAAACAUUGUGAUAGCUUAAGUUGCGCCUGGUCGCAAGUUCUCAAGGGAAGAUGUGCAAUCUAAUUGACAGCGUGUCCUCUCGCUAUUUCGUACUAUUAUAAUUCUUUAGAUGUUUUUGUCCCCGCGUUUUUUGAGUCAGGAUCUAUAUAUCCAAAUUUUUACCAAAAAAAGUCUCUAAUUUGAUUGGAUAAACCAUCGUCACAUGCAGGUAAAACUAUGUAAUAGACUCAUAGAAUAUCGCCCACCCUAGUUUGGGCAAAUGUGGUCAUAUAUUAUAAUUGUUGUAUCAUGUAUUGUAUAUAAUAAAUAUAUAUAUAUACAUAUGGGGUGAUGAUAAACAUUGAUCUACAUGCAUGUUCUGUAUGAACAGUCCAUUGCAUGUAUCUAAUGCUCAUCAUCGGUGCUAUCAUUUGUACCCCAUCUUUGUUGCUACAUCAUUAUAUUCAGUAAAUACACUCUGUUUUUUCCAUUACAUCAAACAUUAUUCAUGUUGAAUAAUGAUAUAUUGUGGACCCGCAAUAGUUCAUCAGUCAUUCAAUAAAUGACCUUUUAACAACAAUACAAUAUUUUGUUGUCUUUAAUUUGCGAGUCAUCUUUUUGCAACAAACAAGCUUCAGUCUCUGAACAUGAUCCAGGCUUACACAAAUAUAAUUUAUUUCAUGGAAAUAAAUACAUUUGUGUAAGAUGGGUUUUUCCCCCUUUGUUACUUUUAACAUUUUAAUUGUUCUGAUACUAUUGUGUGUAUCUAUAUGCAUGGUUAAUUAAUAUGAGGCUGGCUCUAGAUUAGGUGAUUAGAGGUUAUUAUUUUCAGUCCCUGGUCAUCUCCCAGUUACUGACCAGCUGUGGCUAUUUUGGCUAUCACGUGUUUUGGACAUGCAUGCCUUAUCCCUUAGGGAGUCAUCACGCGUGAUCAAUGCAUGGGGGUCAGCAUGACCCUUGUCGUGUUAGCCCCGACUGACCAAUCAUAUAGGGCGUGUAUUCUGUGGACCAAUCCGCGUUGCUCACUGCCCAGCGGAGAUUCUGGCCACGCAUCGCCAUCUUACAUUAGUCAUAUAAUUCCGUGCGUCUCCACGUGUUUUUCAGCCAUUCAUAUGCUGUGGACAUUUGUGUUUAUAAAACCCACCCCUUUUUAUCCCACCCUUUAUGUUUAUUCUAGAGCCAGACCUGCCUAUCAUUUGUACCCCAUCUUUGUUGCUACAUCAUUAUAUUCAGUAAAUACACUCUGUUUUUUCCAUUACAUCAAACAUUAUUCAUGUUGAAUAAUGAUAUAUUGUGGACCCGCAAGAGUUCAUCAGUCAUUCAAUAAAUGACCUUUU